ACAUAACGCCCCGGUCGUUUAGAGGGCCUCGCUUUCAUUGCCAUUUUAUCUAGGGUUUUUUCCCCGUUUCCUCCUCUCUGACCAGUGCCUUGUGUCGCCGAGCUGCUAGUAUCAGAUCGCCCACCGGUGCCGACCAAGAUCGCCCGAGUUUUUUCUGCGUAGGUGCCGUCCGGCUUUCAGUUCACAACACCCCCCCCCCCCCCCCCCCCCCGGGGGGUGCGGUCACGGUCGGCACGGCAUCUAGCAGACCGAACUCGGUUCCUUCUGCGAUUUGACCCUCCCACCGAACCAAUUGGGUCGUUAUACAGUAAAUCCGAGGGAGAGAUUGGAUGCUACCUUGAGCCAAAAUAAAAGGGGAGCCUCAACUCGGCUGUGCCAAAAUGGUUCUAUAAAGCACGCUUUGGAUGUAAUUGAAGGUCAAAAAGAAAGAUUUCGCGACUCUCCUCGGUAGACAAGUCUAUUGUUCGGGCUGUUUUAUUAUUGUUGUAGGGCCCUCACAUUGAUCACAUUGAUGUGGAUUUCCUUGCAAAAUAGCGAUAGAACUUUGCCAGCCAAUUGUUUUUCAGUGCCUAAAUAGAAAACAUCUUGCUUUGAACAUGGAGCUCAUUUUAUAACUAAGAAUAUAGGGCGUACUAUAAUUAUCUCUUGUUUUGCUCUGUUGCUGCAACCAUACAUAUUGUUGUGUUUCUACUUAUAUAAAAUUACUGUUUUGUUUCCACUUAUGCUUAGCGACGAUUUUCUUAAUAAUAAUGGUUUAUCUUGUUCUGUCUUUCCAUCUGCCUUAUAAAAAGGAAAUCAGAAUGGUUGAUAGCAAUGCAUCAUCUGGAUCGCCUGAAGAAACUCAAAACCCUAUUCCUGAUGGGAAUGAACCUUCCGAGAAUGACCUCACACUUGAUGCUCUAACUCGAAAAGUUCAAGAAUCUCUAUCGCUUGGAAAGAGACAUAAGUUUUGGGAAACCCAACCUGUUGGGCAAUUCAAGGAUCAGGGGGACAGCAGUUUGCCUGAGGGUCCAAUUGAACCCCCAACCCCCUUAUCUGAAGUCAAACAAGAACCCUACAACCUACCCAACGCAUAUGAGUGGAUUACUUGUGAUCUUGAUUCUGAUGAGAUGUGCAGUGAGGUGUAUAAGCUUCUCACUAAUAACUAUGUCGAGGAUGAUGAGAACAUGUUCAGAUUUAACUAUUCAAAGGAAUUUCUUCGUUGGGCUUUACGCCCUCCAGGCUAUUUCAGGAGUUGGCACAUUGGUGUCUGUGCCAAAAGUUCAAAGAAGUUGGUUGCUUUCAUUACUGGCAUUCCUGCCAGAAUUCGGGCCCGUGAUGAUGUUGUCAACAUGGCAGAGAUUAAUUUCCUUUGUGUGCAUAAAAAGCUCAGAUCAAAGAGACUUGCUCCUGUCAUGAUCAAAGAGGUGACCAGGAGGGUUCACUUGGAGAAUAUAUGGCAGGCAGCUUAUACUGCUGGAGUGGUUCUUCCAACUCCAGUUUCAACCUGUCAAUAUUGGCAUAGAUCUUUGAAUCCAAAAAAGCUGAUUGAUGUCGGGUUUUCCAGACUUGGUGCGAGGAUGACAAUGAGUCGAACUAUUAAGCUUUACAAGCUGCCAGAUUCCACAGUCACCGAAGGUUUCAGAAAAAUGGAGCUCCAUGAUGUUCCUGCUGUGACACGGUUACUAAGGACUUAUUUGAACCAAUUUAUUGUUGCACCGGAUUUUGAUGAAAAUGAUGUGGAGCAUUGGCUUCUUCCAAAGGAGGAUGUCGUCGAUAGUUACCUGGUUGAGAGUCCUAAAACUCAUGAGAUAACUGAUUUCUGCAGUUUCUACACGCUGCCUUCAUCUAUCCUUGGCAGCCAGAAUUAUACGACUUUGAAGGCUGCUUAUUCCUAUUAUAAUGUUGCCACGAAAACUCCUUUGCUUCAAUUAAUGAAUGACGCUCUUAUUGUGGCAAAACGGAAGGAUUAUGAUGUUUUCAAUGCAUUGGAUGUCAUGCAGAAUGAAUCUUUCUUGAAGGAACUUAAAUUUGGGCCAGGUGAUGGGAAACUGCACUACUAUCUUUAUAACUAUCGGAUAAGACAGGCACUGAGGCCACCCGAGCUUGGGCUGGUGCUCUUAUAGUUUGAUUUCGCAAAUUUUGAUUGAGGAUUAGAACUACUCUGCUAAAGUUUUCUGAUAAGUUUGGUUGUAAGUUUGCAUCGUUUUUGGGAAUCUACUUAAUUUUAUUGUGUCAAUCAAAAAAAAAAAAAAAAUUGUGGAAAUUUGUAGGAAUUUGUGGAAUGCAAUGCCUUCCACAUAUUGUUCAGAAAUUGAAAAUUCUCAAAAAUAUUCUCA